UGAAAUGUAGUUUGUUUUUCUGCCACUCUGUCAACAACAUUCAGAUAAACAAGCAUGAUUUCACCUCAACCUACUUGGUAUUUUGCUUCAAGAAAUUUGUGUAUAUGGAAUUCAGAAAUUUAAGUUGGGUUAUAAAACACAACAAUAUUUUGAGCUGACGUCCAUUGUGUCCUGGAGUGUAAUGGUUGCUGAUUAUCACACAAGUCGAUAUACAAAAGUUAUGUUGACCUUCAGGAUCAUGAGCAGUUAAUACAAUGCAUACUUACCAUUUGUAAUUAUGUCAAUGAUUUUAAUUUGAGUUAAUGAAAUAUCAGUAUAAUUUCUUGUUUAUCCAUCCAUCUAGGAUGUGAUUGGUUAGUUGAUCUGUUUUUCUUCCUUUGGGAAAUACACAUGCUCCAUGUGAGUCAUGUUUUUUUAUAUAUAAGAUACAUCAUGAACAUUUUUAUUGUCACAUAAAUCAGUUGAACAGGUUUUUAGAUUGGCUUCUGCAUGCACUAAUUUCACUUCCUGCUUUAACAUUCUACGAGUAGAAGGGACAUCGGCAAACAAUCUGCACAGUUGAGACUUGAGUUAUGCAAACACCACCUACUGCACAAUCCUGCAUACAAGUGCAAUUCAAUUUUUUUUUUGUUGUCUUUGUAUUUAAAACACUAUAUGAAUGACAGAACUGUGUUUGAUCAGGGAUAUCAAAUGGAAGUCCUGCAGAAAGUUAUUGUAUGUAGAGAAAGCAUGGUAUCUGUGAGGACAUCUUAAGUAAAUUGUGUGGGACACUGAGAGUCAAGGUUUUAGUCAUUCGGGAAGCAUAAUUAAUUCCCAAUGGCCUCAAGACUUCUUGAAACUGUUGACUCAAAAUGUCUGUACACUUGAAUUUUGUGUCACAUAUUCUAACCUUGUGGAGAUAUAGAAUGUGUACACACUCUGUAAUGUAUAUAAUGUAGGUAUACCUUUAAAAACUCCAUCCAGUGGAAUAUUUUUUCUUUAUAGUUCAUGUUACAUUGUGCAGAACUAUAUGUAAUUAUAUAUCCAUGAUCCAGUUUCUGAUCCCACAGCAAAAGAUCUUUAAAACAAACUUGCAAUCUUGAUUUUUUUUUUUCCAAAUCGGUUGUAAUUUGCAUGCUGUAGAACUGUAUAUUUCUAUAUCAGUUUUACUAAGAUUAAUAUGGAGUUUAGUGUAGAAUUGUCUUUACAUUUGCAUUCACUCGAUGUUUUAGGUCAGAUUUGGUCCCAUGGGUUACAGUUAAAACAUCCUUAUAUAGUUACAGUUAACACCCUUAUAGAAAUUUUGCAGUUUUUUGUUGUUGGUGUUUUUUUGUUUUGUUUUUUUUUAAAUUAUUAUUAUUAUUAGAAAUUGUAUUCAGAACAAUGUUAACACAGAGAUAGAAAAUUGUGUUACUCGUGAAUUUUGGGCAUUUAUGGAAAUUCUCAAUAUAUUUUUUGAUGAUGAAUGUGUUUAUGAAUUCAUUAUUACUCUAACGUAGUCGUCAAAAAACAAAGAUGACGUAUGAAUUUGUAAGUAAAAAAUCAAUGGCUAACUAAAUCAAGGGAAUGUCUGUCAAGUAUUUUGAAUCUUAAUAACAAUGGUUUCUCAACAAUUUUUUAUAAAGCAAACAGAAUCAUUUUCAAACAUUGGUAGAGCUCCUCAAGGUCUCAUAUUGACUGUCACUGAAUACAUUUCUUUUAUGUAACAAUGAAGGCCUUUGCCUGGGGCUACAGAAUCUUUUUUUAUUCCAUUUAAGAUGCUAAACCUUCCUGAAAUAUUUUUUAAUAGUCUUAUUUUCUGUUCACUCCAAUCAUACUCAUGUAACAAAGGAACUUCCAAAGAGAGGAAUAUUACUGAAGUGUUUCAAAUAGAGGGACAUCACUGAGGUGUUCCAAAGAGAGAGGCAUCACUGAGGUGUUCCAAAGAGAGGAACAUUACUGAGGUGUUCCAAAGAGAAGGACAUUACUGAGGUGUUCCAGAGAGGGGGCAUCACUGAGGUGUUCCAAAGAGGGGAACAUUACUGAGGUGUUUCAAAGUGGGGAACAUCACUAAGGUGUUCCAAAGAGAGGGACAUCACUGAGGUGUUCCAAAGAGAAGGGCAUCACUGAAAUUUCUCCUGCAUCCUUAGAUUAGGAAAAGGAAAGUUCCUUGAAUAUUCCAUCUAAUUGAAUUAAAACUACAUAAACAUUAUUUUUCACAUUCACUUUUUUCUCUACUUUUGUUUAAAAUGGUUGAGACUCGUGAUUAUUCUGAGAUGUGUGUAUAUAAGGGCUCAUUCAGUCUUAGGGUUGUUUUUUUAGGAGACAGUGGGACUUUUUGGGUUUGGGUUGGUUUUUUUGGUUUUGUUUUGUUUUUUUCACUUUGAGGAGACAGAGGUUUAUGGGGGGAUUUUUUGAAGAGACAGAGACUUAUCUUCCAUUCAUUUAGGGGAGAACAUUCUUUUUAAAAGUAAACUGAAACCAGCUGGAUUUGAACCAUAUCCCUAUUACUUGUGAUGAACCCCACAUGACUGACCACAGUUUUAACCACAACUACUACGAAGGCUGGUUUCGAAAGACACAUAAUUAUGGCCUGUGCAAUAUUUAUGUGGGUUCAUCUUAGAUGAAGGUGUAUCCAUUUUAAUUGUCUGCAGAAGAUCUACAUUUUGGGUUACAUAACAUGGUUUGACAGUCCAACAAUGUGCAAUAGUGAUGCGAAGUCUGAGUGACGAUGAGGCUUCUGGUGACAAAGUUUCCUUUGAUACUGUGACCACUCACUCCGCCAUGAUGGGAAACAAGGGGCACAACUCUGGGGAGGACCAUAAGAGGAUUCUAGUGAAACAGGUAGCUGUGGAUGAGGAUAGCAACCAAGGAAGAUCAGUCUUCAGUCACAUCAGGGAUCAGACUAAAACACACGGGAGACGUCCCUUCAAGCAGUUUCUGGGCCUAGAGCACGGAGAGCUACCUAAACAGCACAGUGAUCCCGGUGGGAGAGUGUCUAGAGAUGUUCAUUAUAGUUUUGAUAACUCAGAAAAGAACUUUCUUUUUUCCUCUGAUUUUCGUCCAGAAGAGGAACAAGAUGAAAGGAGAAAGGUUGUGGAAAGAUACAAUGUGGAAACGUUUUCUUCACGAUUUCAGCAGAGUCGACAGAUGUCUAAAAUGGUGUAUAAUGCUAGUGCUCCAAAUCUUGUUUUUGAAGAGAAAGAUUCGGUGCAGAUUCGGGAAACAGUGAUCUCAUCUUCAGGAUUUCCAUUUCUUUCUUCAAAUAUAGGAAGAGAUUCCACGAAUUUAUUGAAUAACAAUCUACCAUCUGAGGCUGCCCGUUCUAGUGAGGAUAUAAAUUUGUACCGUGGAGCCUCACCCAGGGGCAGAAGUAGAGACUUGUUCAGGUAUGCACCUAGGCUACAGAGAAGUGAUGAUAGUACCACUUCACACAGUCAUUAUUCGUAUGUUAGUGGAUCUGAUGACAGCCCAAGCAGCAGGGAGCCUUCGCCUUUCAAUAAGGACCUUUAUGGAGUGCCUAUCCAUAGUAUUCGCAUAAGUUCACCUGGUAUUUCAGUGGAGUCGGUGGAUGAAUCCUCUGAUGGAGAGAAAAGACGGAUGAUCCAUCAGCCCACAAGCAUAGUCAUUACCACAGAUGACAACAUCACCACCAGUGUGGUGGAAGGACUUAAAGAGGAGGACAGUGAAGAAGAUGGAUUUCACAAACUUAGAGAAUACUCAGAGCAACACCCUGUGAAAGACCCCUCUCUGGUCACAGGACAUUUCAAGAAAUUCCUACAUGCACGGUAUUUGAAGAGUCAGUCAUCCUCUUCCACUGAUACGUCUUCUCUCGAUCAUUCCCAGGACAAACCAGACAUUCCAGGGUUGGGGUCAUUUGAUCAGCAAAGGUCAUUUGACCAGCAAAGGUCAUUGGAAUUAAAAAGCCCAUUAGAUCUCAGAGAGCCAGCAGAGGACAUUGUAUCCCAGCAGCUCUCAGCAGCAAGCAAACUCAAGUUGUCCGAGUCUUCAACCUCCUCCUCCUCAUUUGAAAGAAAAUCUUUUGAAAUGAUUCAACAAGGAAGUGAGGACAAUGAUGUGUUCAUGGAUUCCUCUAUCAAACCUUCAUCACAUCAAUCUAAGAUUCAGCAGAUGUCAGAACCUGUGGAUUUACGACAGAGUGUAUCUAGUGUAAAAAUAGAGGACAAAAACCAGAGUGAAAGUCACAGAUCUCAAUCGCCAAGACAGUUAUCUCCACAAGCUUCAGUUAAAAAAGAGCCGACACCAAACCUGCUUCAACAGCAGACCUCCCAGCAGACAUAUCACAGGGUCCCUAUCAUAGCCACCCCAUCCUACAGCUCUCCAGACCUCAACAAGGCAAGCAUGGAAGCAGAUUUAUCACAAUCAGCUACAUCCAGACAACAGUAUAUGCCCUACAUGCCUCAUCCACAUCAUUCUCCAAGUCUCCACACUCCACACAUAUCAGCCUCUCACUCACAACCCUCUCCCUUGUGUUCAGUUCCUGAAGGAGGUCACAUCUUCAACUUUAAUCUACCAAGCCCUUUCGAUGGUGGGUUUUUUUCUGAUCCUGAAAUGUUGUCUCCAAGUCCUAUGUCUCCAGGGUUUUCUCAUUUUGCCUUUCCUCCUCGUGGAUCUUUGAUAAACUCCAUGUCAGAAUUAAACAGACUAGCAGUGUCUCCUCGAGCAAUGUACCCUAGUCAUUCUCUCAUACUUCCUCCAUCAAAACUAGCACACAGCACUGCCAAACACGAGACCCAGUCUCAUGAGCGGAGAAUUCAGUCAGAAAGUGAUGCUUAUCUGUGUCCCAUGUGUGGUCAGGUGUUCCCCGCAUACGACAACUUAGCAAAACAUAUGGCCAAACAUCUCCCUACAGAAACGAUACGACAACCUGACAAUAACAAGAUUCACUUCUGCAAAGUUUGUAAUCGGUCAUUUUCACGGAGUGAUAUGUUGACUAGACAUAUGCGCCUUCAUACUGGAUUAAAGCCUUACGAGUGUAGCGAUUGUGGACAAGUAUUUUCUAGGAGUGAUCACCUCAACACACACAGACGAACACACACAGGAGAGAAACCUUAUAAAUGCCCCCAGUGUCCAUACGCUGCCUGCAGGAGAGACAUGAUCACUAGACACAUGAGGACACACACAAAAAAGACAAAUAAGCGCAAAUUUUUAUCAGUACCCGAGAACGAUAGUGAUAUCAGAAAAAGUUCAUUGUCAAGUACGGAUACCUCAGAUUCUCAUGACCUGGGCAUCAGGUCAUUUUCGCAGUCUAGCCUAGAAAGCAUUGAUCCAGAUGGAGGCAUAUCUCUUGUGCCAACAAAGUAUCCUCUGUCACAGGAAGGGGUUAGGACCCCAGAGAGGAGCGAAAAGAUCGGGUCAGAUGUGGAUGUUCCGAAACUCGGUGGUCGAUUUCCUUCUUCACAUAGACAACAUGCCUUUGAAUCUCAGCACUUGUAUCGCAAACAAAGACAUGUUCUUGGAAGUAGCUAUGAAAGUUUUGAUUCUGAGUCGGGAAGUUUUCAGAGGGACUCGUUUGAUCAAGAUGCCGUUCUAGACAUGGAUUCCUCGCGUGCCGGAAAACAAGGGAGUGAACUGCCGGAUGCAACAGAGGAAAGUCUUAGUAAAUGUUUUGGCGAGAGUAUAAAAACUGACUGAGUUAGCCAUACAGAUACAAAAAUAAGCAUUCCCAAAGAAAUAUUUUUCAAAGAUUUAUGAAGUUGUUUUUGUGAAGGAGGAAACUACACAUGAUUGUGAUGCAAGUAGAUUACCUGUACCAUUUGCUUCUGCAACAGACAGGAUUUUUUUUUUUUCUACUAGUAAAACUGUGUUUUACAAAUAUAGAAUAUAUUGGUAAUUUUGAUUUAUAGAGAUUCUACUUGUGAAAUUAUUCUUGGUUUUUUUUUCUUCAUUGUUAUAGCCAUAUUUGCUCAUGGCAUUUUUUGUUGAUGUUUGUAUUUAGAAAUGAUACUUGUUGACUUUUGUGAUUUUGCAUUACAAGUGCUGACUGUCUAAAUAGCUGUAUAUGUUCCAAUAUAUACCUUCUAGGUUUUAGGUAUUAUUUCUGCUUUUUCCCACUUUUUAGCUCAGAUUUAUUAAUCAGCUGGGCGGUUCUUUGAAGGAUAUUUUCAUGAAGUGAGAUCCUGUUACUUUCUCUUGAAUUCUUAAGCUAUCGUGUACAAGUUAAUUUUUUUUUCGGGACAUGCAAAGACUGAAUUGCUUUUUUAUUAUUGAUAGUCAAUCUUGGAAUGUCUGGAUAAACAGUAGUUGUCUACAUAUAAACACACAUAUUGAUUCCAAAGAGAAUGACUUUGUAUUCCCAAAGAAGAAUGUUUAUUUUUCUGAGCAGAUAUACGUAUGGAUUUUUUUUAUUCUCUUCCACAUGCUAACUUUGUGGUGUUUUAAAAGGAAAGUGAAUACAUUUCGAAGUAAAUUUACACAGCAACUCUUCUAGUGGUAAUGUAUGAUUUUCAAAGUGCCUUACACAUAAACAAUAAAAACACCAGUGAGUUUUAAGCUUUAAUCAACAAAGGAUGAAUAAAAUCAAAAUAUGCACAACAGAAUGAAUAAAACCAGUCAACAUUUCUAUGUAUGCAAAUGUCCCACAAAAUACAGAGGUAAAUUGAAGAGUUGUCUUUUCCUGGUAUGAUAAUUUUCUUUUUAUUUUCGUGACCUCUAACCAAUCAAGUAUGUAAAACUUGUGUUCUUGAAUGACUAUCAUCACAGUGUUGACUUUUUAGUGCCAGAAAUUCCUUUUAAAAAAAUUUUCAUUUUCUCAUUUUGUGUACAAAAAUGUGAAAAGGCUGUGGAAUGUCAAUUCCUUUACACUAUAUGCAUGUAGUGUAUCCAUGCACCAAUGGGGCAGCUAUAAAUAGACUAAAACACUGGGGGACGAUUUAAAGUACUGUAGGGUCAUAUUAUCAAAUGCUCUUUAAUUAACUUAAAGAUUAAUUUUUUUUUAAAAUUUUCUUCAUAGAAAAAUUACUUGAAUUAAGGAUAUUCUCUUUAAGUCAAACAAGACAUUCCUUAGGGGUAACGAGAUUAAAAUGACAGGCCUUCUCUCUUUCAUUCUAUUUUCUUCUUCACAGAAAUUCAAAUGAUCUAAAGAACAUAUUUAUAACAAGGUCUGUUGUUAAAGCAGGUAUUUUAUGUAUGGUGUAUUUUUUAACAAUUGUGCAUUUUAUAUAAACUUGCAUUCUUAUCAUGUAAAUAUGCUUUGUUUAUAUUUAAGUUUGCAAAUCAAAAAAAAAUUAACUUGAAUCUGUAAAAUUUUUGUUUUUGAGAAUGAAGUGUUGAUGGGUGUUAGAUUAUUUCAACCUCUUGAAAGAAAGGACAUAUUUUCCUUAAGCCAAAUAAUGUUUCGAAAUGGGAUGAUGAAACAGAACGGGCAUCAUAUUUUACAUUUUAAAGUCCACAUUUCAUUUCCAAAAUGUCUGGAUAUUGUUUUUUUAUUCCUUUAGAGAAUUUGUACUGUUCUUAUUGAUGCAAAGUUUAGUUUCACCGGUGAAUAAUGUCUUAUUCAAAACUAAGCUGUGAUUUACUGUGUUAUGAAGUAUUACCGACAGAUUGAAAACAAAUAUUUUUUACAUUUUUAUCCACAUUUAGAGUGUACCAUACAUGUAUUUUAUCAGUAGCUUUAAGUGGGAUUCAGAAUCCAGUGCUAUGACUUCUCUGGAAUCAUCCAGCAGAUGAUCCGUUUUAACAUAUUUUGAAAUUGUACGAGUGUUUUCAUUGUUUCCUAGCAAGGGCCUUUUUGAUAACAACGAAAAUCAAUAAAUCAUGACAACCAGAAAGAAUGCAUCAAGCAUAUAUUUGACCCUCAAAAAUUGUAUUCUCAAGGAGCAUUUAUAUAUGGAUUAAAACUAUGUAUCUUAGAAAAACGAAUUUUCUUGUAAAAAAUUAGAAUUUUUUAAUCAGUUGCUUGUCACUGAAUUCUUUAGAAAGCUCCUGAAUGAAGAAUCCUGUCAGUUAAUGAUUUUUGAUUUGAUGAGUAUAGAUGGAGGUAUUAGUUUGUAGUUUCCAAAGAUUCCCUUGUAGACCAGUAGACUCUGCACGUUGGUCCUCUAGUCAACUUUUGCUGCGUAGUAUGUGUGUGCGAGUGCUGCGGAUUCAAAAAAAAAAAAUCAAACCAAAUAUUUUUGAAAAUAUAAGUAGGUCAAUGGUACACAGUACUUGUGCAUAUAUCAGUAUACUUUGCGAAAACGAUAUUUUUUGUGUGUAUGCUGUAAGGUUAUUUCUGAUUUGAAUUUUUAAGUGUUACUGGUUCUGGGAAGCUGUGUUAAUGACACGGAUCAGACUGUUAUGAACAACAUCCUUCAGAAUUGCGUUCUUUGUUAUAAUAGAAUUGUUAACAUUUUAAACAUAUUUCUAUAUUAUAUAUAUAUGUAUAACAGAUGUUUUUAGAAGUUGUGAAAAGGGUCAUCUGUACAUUUUAGAAUGACAAAAAAAAAAAUUCAUGUUUUUUAGCAUACGAUGUUUUGACAAUUUGAUAUCAUUUCUGUGAUAUUUUCAUAGGAGGAUUUAAAAAAAAAAAACAUUUUCUACGCAAACAUACCUACGUAGCACAGGCACUCGACGUUUUAAUUAUCUAUAUUUAAAAAUUGUCUUCUUAUAAGCAAAAUAUUCAUAUUUUGUUUAUUGCAAGACAAUUUUUAAUAUAGAUAUUUAAAACGUCGAGUGCCUGUGCUACAUAUGGAAUUUUCAAACAUCGCCUCAUUGUUCAUUACUCAUUACCGCGGUAGCGUCUCCUUUAUAUGUAUAUCAAAAGUCACAUUCCAAUUUCUUCUUUCAUUAAAUUUUUCAGAAUAUAUCUACGUUUUUGUGAAAAGCGGAAGAAUUUUUAAUAGAAUAUGAAGAUAAGAGAUACUGGAAAUAGACGAGUUAACGCCCAGCGUGUUCUUUUUUUUUUUUUUUUUUUAUUUGUUUACAAAAGCACAUGUCCUUGGAUCAUAACGUUAUUAGUGUAAAUUAAUCAAAUUUUGGAAAUAAUGAUAUUACAGUAAAUUAUUCAGAGGAAAUAGUCAACGUUGACAGAUGUUUGAUAUGUAUAAUGCAAGACGAGUGAUAGUACCAUUGUUUUUCAAGAAGUCGCGAGUCUCUAAAAAGUGAGAUCGAAAUUCUGUUCAACUAAUUCAUAUUACGUAACCAUGGUAGCAUAAAAUUGCUAGCCAGGUCUCUGGUUGUGAACUCGGCAAUUAUCAUUUUUGAACAAACCACGAACGUAAAAGUGAAUAGUAAGAGUUUGUGAAAGGAGUAAAUUGUUGGUCUGUUAUUAAGUGAGAUAUAACUUUUUUGAUUUUUAUGUUUACUGCUAAGUGCUAUGUAUGAGGAUUUCGUAUACUGGAGAUAGCUAUAGGCAAUUUACUGCGCUUUCCCUCAUUCAUAUAAGAAAUUAUGUAUCUUGGUUUGAAUCAUAUAUUAACACCCCCUCCCUUGAUUAAAUCUAAACAAUAAAUGAACAUUAUAGGCAGCAGGCAGUGUCUGUGAAUACCAUCUUUGAUAAAAAAAAAUGUUUAUUUGCUCUGGAAGAACCCCUGCAACUGGCCUUGGUAGCCUCUAUGAAGAGCGGUAUUUCAGACGUGCUUGGGGGAAAGCGCGGGCACUCAUUGUUGUUAAUUGUUAUUCAUUGUUUUCCCGCCAUAUUGGAACGGCGGUUACCUCGUAUCAUCGUCAUGUCAUUUUGUAAUUGAAUGAAACUAUUUAAAGAAAACAACAGCUUUUUGAAAGAU